AUGGCCGGUCUCCCCCGUUCACUGCGAACGCAGUACACUCCUCCCACCGAUCCAACUGGGAUCUCCUUCGCAGGCAAAAGUGUACUCCUGACAGGAGCCACGUCCGGUUUGGGAUUCGAGGCUGCCAUCAAACUUCUCAACCAAGGAGUGGACAGACUCAUUCUGAGCAGCCGCAGCCUGGAACGAGGACAAGCGACCAAAACAGAGUUGGAGAUGCGCACGAACAGACCUGGGGUGGUUCAAAUCUGGGAAUUGGAGAUGAGCAGUUUCAAGAGCGUCAAGGCUUUUGCAAGUCGUGUCAACAGUGAGAUUGAGCAGCUGGAUGUUGCAAUAUUGAAUGCAGGACUGUGGGACCGAGAGUUUAUCACCUCACCCGAAGGAUGGGAAGAGACAUUGCAGGUUAACACGCUCUCCACAUCCUUGUUGGCAAUACUCCUUCUCCCCAAACUCAGAAGUAGUAGCCUGUUGGCUUCAAGUCCUAGUCACUUGACAGUCGUGUCCAGCCAGAAGUUUGUCCUCGCGAAGGCAGACAGCCUUCGGACUGAUGGCUCCCUGCUGGAACACGUGAACGACCCCGUGCACUUCAAAGGGCCUAAGCAGUAUGGCAUUUCGAAGUUACUGUUGGAAUACGUCCUCAAAACCUUGGCUGGCCAGGUGCGGGACGAUAAUGGCACAGUCCCCGUCAUUAUAAACACCGUCAGUCCUGGUUUCUGUGCAUCCGCUCUCGCCCGGCAAUACAAUAGAUUCUACGAGCGAUGGGUGCUAUGGUUGGUAUAUAAGCUCUUUGCUCGCACAGCGGAGCAGGGGAGCCGUUCGUUGGUCAGUGCAACAUACCAGGGAGUCGAGUCGCAUGGGAGAUGCUGGAGGGGCGAUGGAUACCUUGAUGAAUCUACUGCUUUGACGACGGGAGAAGAAGGCAGGCAAUUUCAGACCAAAGCUUUCGAGGAGAUUGUUCGGGUCCUUGAAGAACAAUCACCAGAGGUCGGAACGUUAAUCGAGAGAAUCUGA